AAAGAUCAAACCAUCAGGCAAGUUAACCAACCAGCUAUAAAAGACUAAAAAGGUAAAGAGAAACCCAUUAAGCAACAAUUUUCUUCUGGUUUGUGUUUCUCACCUUUGAUCUCACUCUCUCUCUCUCUCAGCUUCUUCCACGAAAUUAAUAGUAAUAAUCAAGAAAAAUCACGAUGGGAGAUACUGCUGAGGAUCAAGACGACCCAGCUAUGGUGGAAGCUGCAGGAGUCUCGAGCUUCUCCGAGCUUCUCAUGUUGUCGGACGGUGUUCUCAGCUCCUCCGAUCACCACCGCGUGGAUAAUGACGGAGAUGGUGGGGAAGACAGCUUCGGUUUUGUAUUCUCCGGUACAAAUGGGUCAAGAAUGCUCUGUUUUAGCGGAGGCUACCAAAACGACGACGAAUCGCUCUUCUCAGAACCUUCUCUUCCCUCCGGAGUCUCUGUUCCUGACGCUUCAUGCAUUAAUGUUAUCAACUGCAAGAACUCAGACGACGCUUGUACGGCAGAUAAAGCUACUAAAUCCGUAAGCAAGAAGAGAAGCGGAUCGGGAAAUGAGCAAAACCCGGAUCAUAACCGCAAACCAGUGAAGAAAUGCAAGCGAAAUAAGGAUAAAUCAUCACUUGGAAUUGCAAAGGUAAGGAAAGAAAGAUUAGGGGAAAGAAUCGCAGCGUUGCAGCAAUUGGUUUCUCCAUACGGCAAGACAGAUGCAGCUUCUGUGCUGCAUGAAGCGAUGGGUUACAUCAAAUUCUUACAAGAUCAGAUUCAAGUCCUUUGCUCUCCUUAUCUAAUCAACUAUUCUCUUGACGGUGGUGGAGUCGUCACCGGAGAUGUUAGACAGGGGAAGAAAGUGAGAGACUUGAGAAGCAGAGGAUUAUGUCUAGCACCUGUCUCAUCCACCGUACACGUGGAGAACUCUAACGGCGCUGAUUUCUGGUCACCUGCUACUAUGGGUCAUCACACUACGUCACCCUCAACGAAUCAAGGAUAUUAAUUAACCGUCCUAGGAAGAUAUAUAAUUAUAAUAUAGCCUUUUUCUUUUUGUUUUUGUUUGCUGAAGAACAAGUAAAAAUGCUUUUACGAAGCCUCACCCAAAUUUUUUUUUGUUUUUUUUUGGGCUCUCUCUCUCUCUCUCUGGGUGGUAUAAAAAAAAAAGGUUGAAUCUUUUCGUGUUUGUAAAAUUAGAUCCUGUAUUGUAGUAAACUAGUAAUGCCACCAAACCACAUCACUCAUCAUCACUUCACUUGAGUUAAAGACGUGCAAAACGUUUCUCUUUUUUUUUUUUUUUUUUUAAUUCCUAUUUUCACAGGCGAUGAUAAUCAAUGAAAAAAG